AUGGGCCGCGUGCGCACGAAAACCGUCAAGAAGUCCUCCAAGGUGAUCAUCGAGCGCUACUACCCGAAGCUCUCCCUUGACUUCGAGACCAACAAGCGCAUCUGCGAUGAAGUAGCCAUCAUCUCGUCGAAGCGCCUGCGCAACAAGAUCGCCGGAUACACCACGCAUCUGAUGAAGCGUAUCCAGCGCGGCCCCGUGCGCGGCAUCUCGUUCAAGCUGCAGGAAGAAGAGCGUGAGCGCAAGGAUCAAUACGUCCCUGAGAUUUCCGCGCUGGAUUUCAGCCAGAACAGCGAGACUGGCCAGCUGGAUGUGGACCAGGAGACUAAGGACCUGCUCAAGAGCAUUGGCUUCGAUUCCAUUCCUGUCAAUGUCGUUGCCGUGUCCGCGCAGCAAGUCGUCGAGCGUCCUCGCCGCUUUGGCGACCGGAGACCGGGUCAGUAGAUGGGUGGAUACAAUGGGCUGAUGAUGG